AUGGACAAAGAAAAUCUUAAAAGGCAUGCUGAAACAUUAAAAAGAGAGAUUUUUGAUAAAUUAGAAGCAGACUAUAAAAAACUAAACAAGAUUGGCAAAUCAGAAGAGUUAUUAGAAGAAAUUAAGAAGUGCGAAAAAGACUAUGACAGAAAAUUCAGUGAUUUAGCAGGCUUUAUUAAUAGCAAAGGCUUAAGCGGAAUGGUUCAUAUAGAUGAAACAGGAAAGUUUAAUAAUAGAAAGUUAAAAUUAUUUACAAAGUUAAAGAAAAAACAUAAUCUACUGCCAAAGGAGGGUCAACAAACUUAUCAAAAUCUAAAUAAAAAUAAAAAAGAAGAUGGUCGCCAAGUAAUUAGAGAAGAAGUAUUAGAAAAAGGCAAUGAGAAAAAUGCUUAUACUUGUGCUGAAUGCUAUAAAGAUAAAAAUGAUGAGGGCGAUGAAGAAGAACUAAAAAAAGAGUUUCAAGAGUACUUAAGGAAGAAAAAGAGUUAUUACAAAAUUGAUUGGAAAGAAAUAGGCAAAGAAAAUAAAAAGAACUGGAAAAAUAUAACUAAAGAAUUUACUGAAGAAUUGCAAGCAGAGUGGGAAGAAAGAGGAUUUACCUACAACGAAUGCAAAGAGGAAGACUAUGAAAAUGAAUUAUCGGCAGAAGAAGAAAAAGAAAGAAAGACAGUAAAUGCUCAAGAGUGGCUAGACCGCAAUUAUCCAAAAAAUGGAACUUGUUCAUUAAGUUCAGAUAGAGAAAAUUAUGGCAAUAACUUGCUUUCCGAUACUAAUUUUCUUAGUAAUCUCAACGCUGAAAAAUUAAAAGUUUUAAGUAUUCAUAGUAAUAAUUUCUCCAAACAAGACUUAGAAUUCCUAAGCCAAUUCACUAACUUAGAAGAACUAUACCUCGACAAUUCAGAUGAAGACAAAUUUAACCAAGGAAUAUACAAUUGCUUUACUGGCUCCUUAGAGCCUUUACAGAACUUAACUAAAUUACAAUGGUUAAGUAUUGCUAAAACAGAUAUAGAUCAUGGAUUAGAGUACUUACCUGAAAAAUUAGAAAAAUCUACCCGAAUUACUGGAGUAACUGAGCAAUUGAUUCAAGAAGAGGAAAAUGAACCACAAUCAGCACGAAUAAAAAAGUUAAGAAAAAAAGUUGAGGAAUUAGAGAAGAAAAAAAAGGAAUUGUUAAUUAGAUUAAGCGAGUUAGAACCUCCCGAAAAAGAAAAGUCGGGAGUAGAAUUAUCUCCCCGGCAAGAGCAAAACAAAGCAAAAGAUUUAGAAGAAAGAUUAAAGACUACUCAAAGUCAAUUCAAACAAUUUCUCGAAGCUUACAUUAUUGAGAAAAAAGAGCAAAUAACUAAAGAAAAAGAUAAUGAUAAACUAGAAACUCUACAAGAAGAGUUAAAAGUUUUAGAGGAUUUGCAAUUAGCACAAGAGAUGGAAGUUAAUAUAGAAGUUUCUCCCAAAAAUAAUUAA